AUGUCGACAAAGAAGCAGCUCAAGGCAGCCAAGAAGGCCCUUGCGCAGCAGGACUACCCAAGUGCGCUCUCUGCAGCUGAAGAGGUGCUUUCCCACGAACCGACCAACUACCAUGCUCUGGUCUUUGCGGGCAUGGCCACUGUGCGACUUGCCGAGGAAGACGGCGAGCUGACAACGACGACGACGACGACCACCGCCGCCACCGCCUCUGCCGCCUCCGCCGCCGCCACCAGCAAUGACAAAAAUAUGUUUGCCACGGCAGAUACCGUCCUCAUGCCGAACGCCGACUCGACGACAGACGCCCCCACCGGCUCGUCCUCGACCACCGACUCGCCCUCGCCCUCGACCACUGGCUCGUCAUCGCCCCGGAUGGCGGCGGCUGUCGAGUACUAUACAAGGGCUACACGCGCUCAAAUGGAUCUGCCUCAGGCUUGGCAGGGCCUCUUUGAGCUCUAUACGCUCACCUCUAACUUUGAUGGCCUCCAUCCGGUCAUCGAUGCUCUGCUGCCGCUGCUGCCAGACUCUCCGCCAGCAAAGUACCCGGCAUGGGCUGCUGUCUCGCUUGCACUGCGGCGGCAGUGGGAGGCCGCACUCGCUACCUGGGCUGACGUUGAUGACGCCGACAAGGCUGCGAUGGUCGACGGAGGUACCCUUCCAGCCUUUGCACCUCCGCUAUUUGCGCUAGUCUCGGCUCUGCACGCCCUGGGAGGCCUCGACGACAUGCUUGAGGCCGCUGUUGCGGCCUCGUCGUCAGGCACCAAGAAGAAGUCGAUGAUGGUCGUCGGCAUGGCCUCCAAGCGCCGCGCCGCCGCCGCCAAGGCCCGCAAGAAGGUUGCCGCUCUUGCCACCGUCCUCCCCACACAGCUUCCAUGCGUUCUCGAGAACCUGGUUGCUUUCCUCGCUGCCAACCACGCUCUCGUGUUACCGGCCGCCCUCCUGGCCCCGUCCGAGUGGGAGCUUGUCCAGGCGCUCGCCGUCACUGCCAUUGAGCUUGCCGCACCCGAUGCGCUCCCACUCCCGCGGCUCGCUGCCGCUGCUCGCCGGGUUGUCCCGCGGCUCACCGCCCAGCUCGGUGCCAUCGAUGCGUCGUCCCUCACCGCCGCUGACGUUCUUGCGCUCGUCAACGAGUGGGCGACUCGCCCGCCGGCCGGUCAGGCUGUCGACGCCACCGAUCUCACCGCCGCGCUCGAUUGUAUCGCCACUGCUCUCGCUGCCGACGCGUCCGAUGCUGCCCGUGUUGCGUCGUCUCUUGACGAUUGCACUGCGCUUGCUGACACUGCCGAGCUGCCCAAGCCACUCGCCCGGGCGCUGACCAACCUCGGCAUUCCGCACGCGUACAUUGCGGUGGCGUCACGGCUGCCGGUCUCGUCGGCUAGCCUCGCAGCGUCGCUGUACAAGUCUGCGGCAACGGCUGCCGAGCGUCUUGCUGCCGCGUAUGGGUCGCCGGCCGCGCAACUGCUUGCCACGCUGCAGCUCUCGCAGGCGCGCGAGCUGAUCAAUGGGCCUCGUCCACGGCCGGCGGCAGCCAUUGCUCCGCUUACGGCGGCGCUCGCGGCUGGGCCCCAUCCCGAGGCGCUCGCACUCCUUGCCUCGGCCCACUACACUCUCGGCCACUUUGCCGACGCCGCCCCACUGCUGGCACAGAUUGCCGAGCCGAGCCCGGCUGAGCUCGAGGCGCUCGGCUGGUCCCACUACCAGCUCGGUGAGCUCCCGGCAGCCUCUGACGCGCUCGCCGCGAGCGUGGCUGCUGAGCCCGGCCGCGCAUCGGCGCAGCUGCGGCUAGGCAUCGUGUACCUCGAGCGCGGCGGUGAUUUUGCCACCGAGGCGCCGUACGCACAGACUGCGCUGCUCAAGGCAGCACGACUGGACGCCAGCUCAGCCGACGCUUUUCACCACCUUGGGCGGUUCUACGCGCCGUCCAACCCCGACAAGGCCAUGCGAUGCUUCAAGAAGGCGCUCGCGCUCGAGCCAGACCACGCCGAUGCCGCGUCGGCGCUUGCUGCCAUCCUCCUCGCCGCCGACGACAUGCGCGCCGUCAUCGACCUCGCCCACCACACCCUCGCCCAGCGGCAUGACCCCAAGUGGGCGCACCGACUCGUCGGCCUCGACCUUUUGGCACAGCUCACGCACCCACCGGCAGCUACCGGCUACACCCCCGCCGAGGAAGAGGGCCUCCUCCUUGCUGCUAUGCCGCAUCUCCAGCGCGCGCUGCGAAUCGACCCUGACGACGCACAGCUCUGGGAGACCCUCGCCUUUGCCUACUGGCGAUCCGGCAAGUACGCGGCCGCACUCAAGGUGGUGAGCCACCUCCGCGAGAGCCCGGGCCUCGGAUCCGACCUUGCCCGGUUCAUCGAAGCCUCACUUUGUGCCAUCCUCGACAUGCGCGCGCAGGCCGAGACUGUCUUUGCCUCGCUCCUCCGCGACGCACCCGACUUUGCGCCGGGCCUCCUCGGCUACGCCUCGUUCCUCAUCACUGCCGCCCGCCGGUACACGGCCUCGCCGUUUGCGCCACAGUUUGCGGCAGCGUCGGCCGCCCUGACCAAGGCUGCUGACCUUGCCCGCACCGCCGCUGUCCUCGUUCCCACCUUGGUCCUCCCGCGCAAGCUACUUGGAGAUGCGGCGCUGGGUCUUGCGCGCAUUGUCAAGACCUCUGACGCGACCACAGCUGCAGCCCAGCUGCGCCGCGCCUCGCGUGCGUAUGCCACUGCGCUACGCGCCGCGCCAGGCACCGGGAUGCUCUGGCAUGACCUCGCCGUGGCGAGCGGUGUGGAGGAGCCGUUGGCCGCCGCAGCUGUGCUUGAGCCGAGUGCGUAUACAGUUCCUGCGGCUCGCGGCGUCCUGCUCGCUGCGACCGACACGCUCGCAGCGCAGUCAGCACUCGCAGAGGCGACAGCCAAGGCUGGUCGGGUGCCGGACGUGAGUGUGGCGUCCAACUUGGCGGUUGUUGGUGCCCUCAACUACGCCGCCGGCAUGGUCGACGCCCAAGGUGUCGUCCGUCAGCUCGCGGCGGUUCAGGUCGCUGAUCCCGAGUCGUCGCUUCCGUGGACGCUUCGUGCCGCCGCCGGCAUCGAGUGCUCCUCGGUUACCGAAGUCCACAAGGCGCUGCAGGCGGCAGCACUGGCCGGCGUCCGCCCGCGCGAGGCGGGCUUUUACGCGCACACUCUCGAGCCGUACCCGGCCUACGCAGCAUCGGUUCUCGCUGCAGGAAGCCAGUACCUCAAGGUCGCACCCAACUGCGCGGCGAGCCACGCGCUGGUGGGCCGGCAGCGCGAGUUGCGCAACGAGCCGGGCCUCGCGCUCCCGCACUACAUGGCGGCCGUGGCCCAGGCACGCAAUGUUGCUCCCGAAGUUGGCGGUGGCCUCGUCCUCAACGCAGCGCGGGCAGCAGUGGCGGCCGGCGCGCCGAUGGAGGCGUUGGCGCUGCUUGACGCACUCGACGCCGGGACGGCUGUUCCGGGCUACACGUCGGUGUCGGUCUGGCCGCUGCGGCUCCGCGGCCUCGCUCUCUACCACGCCGGACGGCACCAAGAGGCGAUUGCGGCGUAUCAGGCGGCGUAUGCUGGCGGGCGGCCCGAGGAGCAAGCGGACGUUGCCGUGGAACUUGCAAAGGUUGCCUUUGCGCUCGACAACGUGCCAGUGGCAACGCAGUACCUCGAGCUCGUCCUCAGUAGCUCUCCCCAACACGUGCUGGCAGCGGCGACGCUCGCAGAGAUCCUGGCGUGCACCGGGGCGUACGAAAAGGCGCAGGCCAUGGCGGCGCGACUGCGUGGGACCGGCCAAAGCCUCGAGCCUGCUGGCUAUGUUCUGAUGGCGAACAUUGCGGCGGCGGCCGGCGACGCCCGGGCCGCGUCGCGGUUUGUGCAGUACGCUCUCCACGUAGACCCGAGCAAUGCCGGGAGCUGGAACGCGCUCGCCAAGCUGUGGAUGCAUACCGAGCUUGGGCAGGCCGGGCGGGCGGUGCGGGUGGUGGCGGUGGCGACGGCGACGGCAGCCAAGUUGCCGGCGAGCCGGAGCCAGGCACUCGAGCAGCUGUCGCUUGCGGCGACGGCGCGGCUGCACCGCGGGCUCUCGCCCACAGCUGGCGUGCGCUACGGCGAUGUCACCGCGCUCCGUGCCGCGCUUAACGAAGCGUACUCGCUAGCGACGCGGAUGGUGCGGCUCGAUCCCGAGUCGUGGCACGCAUGGCUGGUGCUAGCGACAGCGCUGCGUGCACGCGCGGUCGCUGGCUGUGGCGAGCCGCUAGCGCCCGGGCGGGUGCGUGCAACGCUCGACCGCGCGUGUCAGCUGGCAAGCCAGAGUCGCGGCUCGCAGCAGCCGCUGGCGCUGACCUCGAUGGCGCUGGCGUCGCACCUCCUCACCGAGUACGUUGCGACCGACUCGUGCAUUCCGGGCCUGCUGCAAGAGGGCGUGAACGCGGCGUCGGUGGCACUGGGUGUGUAUGGGCAGGAGAGCCCUCAGGCUGCGCCAGCGAUGGUGCUGCUCGGCCGGGCCCGGCUGAUGCUGGGCGAUGUCGCGGCGGCACGCGAGUCGCUGCUUGCUGCGCUGCGUGUCGAUCCGCAACACAUGCGAGCAUGGGAGGCGCUGGGCACAGUGUACGGGGUGAUGGGCGCGCCUGCCGCGGCGGAAAAGGCGUUCCGACAGGCCAUGCGGUUUGCGCAGGCUGGCGCCGGGCGAGUUGUCCCGCUCCUCCGCGCGGUCCUGGUCCAUCUGCAGGCCGGCGACCUAGAUGCGGCCCGCGGGCCGCUGAAGGAGGCGGUCAAGCGCGAGAAGAAGUCGCCGCUGGUGGCUCUGUUCAAAGGUGCGGUGCUGCUCGGCGACGGGCAGGGCCAGCAGGCACGCGAGGCGCUGCAGACAGCGCUGGCAGCCAACGCUGGUCUCGAGGCUGUUGUCGACGGACUCCUCUGA